CGCCAAAUGACGUACGGCUGUGCGGGAAGCAUGAACACGGUUCAUUAUGGGCUCAUCUCUUGUUUCUGUUGCUGAGCAGCUUUUGAAGGACCUACAGAGAACUUACUCAGAGAUAAAGCAAAUACCAGAUGACUUACUAAUAGCAUUACGGUUUGUGUUUGGCCCAUGUGCACUUCAAGCAUUGGACUUGGUGGACCAGCAUAGUGUCACAUGUGUAUCAUCGCCCAGCGGUCGAAAGGCUUUUCAGGUAUUAGGUGGAUCGGGUCGUCUGUACACGUGCUUCACGUCCUGUCACUACUGCCCGUGCCCGGCCUUCUCUUUCACUGUGCUCAGGAGAAACGAAAGUCUCAUGUGUAAACACCUUUUGGCGGUCAUCCUGAGUCAGGCCAUGGGUUUGUGUCAGCAGGAGCAGGUCUCAGAUCAGCAGAUGACCCACAUUCUCUCAAGGCAACCUGAGGCCAGCACAUAAAUAACUGAUUCUGGAGUGUCGAGGGACUCUUAUGUGAACAUGCAUGUUGGAAUACAGGUAUGGAUUAGACUGGACUUGUCAAAUGCCGUUAUGACUAAUUAAAUUUGUCGAUCAAUUUUACUAGGAGAUAAUCAGUCGUGGAAUGUAAAAGAUUGCUGUAAAAGUAAUUGGAUAAGCAAAGCUGUAAUACUAAAUGAUAAAUGUUUAUGUAUGUGCUGCUCACUAAAUAUUUUAUCUGCUGCCA